GCGUUCUGAGAACCGCAUCUAUUGAGGCAGGAGACGCUCGGAAAGGGCGCUAGGACCCUGGUCGAUCACAGCAACCAAGUGUUAUACGUUCAAGUGUUGGCGAGCUACACAAGGAAGGAGGCAGCAUGCAAAUCGAACGGGUUGUGUGAGGCUUUUGAAGAUGAAAAUGGUUCAGCGCUGGGGGGAAAUGGGCUAGGCAGACACCUGCAAGCAAGAAUUGUGCCUCAUUUUACUGUUAUCUACAGUUCUCAUCUGCACCCCCAUCACAGCUUCUGAGUCAUACCAAGCCUUCGUGAUGGCAACUUGUUCGGAAAUACCGUAGUCACAAGCUGCACCAUUACUGUAUUGCACAGCAUCACAGCAUAACGGAUUUACAAGCAAUUGUUGAAGGUUCUGCGCAGUCAGCACUAUGACUGAUGGUGACUAUGAUUAUCUCAUCAAGCUCCUCGCUCUGGGGGACUCUGGAGUGGGAAAGACCACCUUCCUCUACAGGUACACCGACAACAAGUUCAACCCCAAGUUCAUCACCACAGUGGGAAUAGAUUUCAGGGAAAAGAGAGUGGUAUACACGGCAACCAACUCCAAUGGGACCACAGGGAAGACCUUCAAAGUGCACCUUCAGCUCUGGGACACGGCGGGGCAGGAGAGAUUCAGGAGCCUCACUACAGCCUUCUUCAGAGAUGCCAUGGGCUUCCUGCUCAUGUUCGAUCUCACCAGUCAACAAAGCUUUCUGAAUGUCAGGAACUGGAUGAGUCAGCUCCAGGCCAACGCUUACUGUGAAAAUCCAGACAUAGUACUAGUUGGCAAUAAGGCAGACCUGGCUGAUCAAAGAGAAGUGCAAGAGAAGCAAGCGAAGGAGCUAGCAGACAAGUAUGGGAUCCCUUACUUUGAGACGAGUGCAGCCACGGGUUCGGAAGUGGACAAGGCCGUGAUCACACUUCUAGAUCUGGUGAUGAAGCGCAUGGAGCAGUGUGUGGACAAGCCCACCCAGGAUGCCCCCAACGGGGACGGCGCCAGCAAACUGGCGGCUCCCCCUUCCAACGAGAAAAAGUGUGCAUGCUAGGCCAAAUCUUCUCCCGCCUCUCCCAAACCUUACCCCCCCCCCACCCCCACCACCCUGGCAGGGCCCCCACCUCAUGGAUGAACACAUACGCAGAGAUACACUCCACUCACAACACAAGUAGAUGUUAGACAACAGAGGCAUGACAAGUGAAACAGGAAAGUCUAAAAGAUUCCGGUACUCCUUCUUGGUACUCCUGGGCCCUUAUUUGAGUCACUGUAUUUAAGAGUAUUUAUGAUGGCCAUUGUGCUGCCAUUUUCCACAAAAGCCCUCCUGAUUCACUGCCUAUUAACCCACAUUAAUCUGCUAAACUGUAGAUUUUCCCUCUAUGACUUGAAAAUAUUGCCUUGUUAAUUUACACCCUACCAUUUGAGAAAAAAUGCACCUGCUGUUAUGCAGAAGUGCUCAUUUCUCAAGAAUGCGUUACUAUACGAUCUCAAAUAUGGCCAAAAUUGUUUUUAGCAUUUGUUCUUAUGUGAACCACUAGGGAACCCAGUAUUGCUUGGAAUGAGAUGAAACGUCAUAUAAUCAAAAAAACAAACAUUUCUCACUAUGAUAUACUGAAGAUCGUGUGAAUAUGCUUCAAAAGCUGGUUUGUAUUUAAAAGGUCCUUGAAUAUUUGUGAAUAAGAGUCAUUUUUAAUCAAUGGCUGGGCAGUAAUUUAUCCUUCAAUUCCUUAGUGUUAAAGACACCAAGAGACGUUCCCAACAUUCCAUCUGUUUCAUAUUCUAUAAUGGAGUGAGCCUCUGUGUCUGCUACUGUUUAAGGAGAGAGUGACAGGGUAUCAUUGCAAGGCAAUGAUUUGUCCUUAAAUUUCCUAAUGUAAAAGCUGCCAAGAGACUUAAUAUAGGCUUUCCCAGCAUUCCUUAUGUUUCAUAUAUUAUAAUGGAGUGAACCUCUGUGUGUAUGUCACUGCUUAAGGGGACAUUGCCGAAUCAGUGAACCUCUUUAGCUCUAGCUGCCUAGAUUAAUAACUGAUAACUGCUGUUUUUGUGCCAAAACUCAUCCUAUUUUUAUUACAGUUAGUUCAGCAGUGUCUGCCUUUGUACACGGGGCCUUUGCUGUAUCAUAGCAACCAACAUAGCAUGGAGAUAUUGCACACAUUUUUCUCCAGUACUGCAAGUAUUACAGAAUCACACACCUCAGUCCUGCAUACAUUCUUGUGUACUGUAAUACUCCUCCACCUCAUGGUAUUCCUGAAUGUAACCAUGGAUACGUUUUCCUGUCACAUGCAUUGGUUUCGUAAAGCUAUGGUAUUCUUUUGAGACGUUUAAAUUACGCGAAGGUGUUGAAGACAAAACAAACGACAGUUCUGACAAAUGUUCUCCUCUGAAAAGAAAAAGGUGUUCAAGUGUAAUCUUUGUGCUAUAAUUGGGUGAAGUGGGAAUUGUGUGUGAAACCAAUCAUGUAAGAACAUGUAACACGAUUUUUAAAGAUCAAGUUUUGUGAUGUACUGUAAGUUUACAGUAGUAGCAAAGUUUGUGCAAUUUUCUUUUAAAAGUAUUCCUGUUGAGGUUGCCCAUGAUUUGUAACUGUAUGUGUUUGAACAGAUAAUUUCUCAGUCUUUAAGGAUUUUACCAGUAAAACACUGAAUAUUCUGUGUUUGCAUGUCAAGAAGAUGAUAACACCAGUAUUUUUCUACUUUAGAUACUAUUUUACAAUAAUUAAGGCCUCCAGUUUGGGACAUUAAUGUCUCCAAAUGGGUUUUUGAUUUUCAGUAAACUGUACACAAUAUACAGUAGUAUUAGUUACAUAGUCUACAAAUAUAUAAGAAAAUAUCUGAUUGAAACUUCUUCCCCAUACCAUGAGCAUUCACUUGUCAAAUUCCACCUCAUUUGUGUUUUAUGACUACUGCUAUUGAAGGAUUAGCUUCCUUUUUUCUUAUUAUAUGAAACCAGAAUUGCCAUUAAAAAUAGUAAUUGAUUAAUGACCCUAGUAGGUGUAUGAAUAUCCAAGGUCUCCAGAUCUUUGAGAACUAAUGUAUUAUUCAUUUUCUCUUCUCUUAGAACAGAAUUAAAAAUAAAUGUUUUGGACUGUAUGCAUAUCCUAUAGGCAUCUGAAUGUGCUGAGAUCUGGCCUGGUAUCAUCCAUAUACAGUAUGACUAGUGGAGAAAAGCCUUUAUUUGUUGUGCAUUAAUAUGUAAUAAUGCCUGCAUUUAUGAUAUUAUAAACAAAAGCAAUUGCGUAUAGCCAGUACAAUAUAGUCUAUAGUCUUAAUAUGCUGUACAGAAUGAAUUGAGACAGAAUUCAUGUAAAGCACAUUUUAGGUUAGCAUUAUCCGUUGUUGAAUUUUUAAUCUAAUUAUUAAUAACAGUUAUUUAAUCUAGAAUGCAUAUCAAAAAUUGUCAUUACAGAAAGAGAAUGACUAAAUAUGGUAUAUUUAUACACCAUCACAAAACAUUAAACAACCUUCUACAGUUAGGGCAUGAAUGGUAACGGUUGUGCCUCCAGGUUACAGCAUACACCGUUUUGAGAAACUGAAGAGCAAUCAGAAAACAGCACAGAGAUUCAUAGUAUAGGUCAUUGUAAUUGUCCGAGAACACCGUUCUGUGCUCACAAAUGCACAGAGUAAGUGCAGACAUGGCCACUUGUGAAGUAUGAAGUGGGAAGACUGUAGAGCUUUUGAAAUAGUUCUUAUCUGGUAUGGGUCCACGAAAUCCUCCCUUUACAGUGAGAGCAUUAUAUCCCAGUAAAUAUUUUUGUGGUGAAAAGUCAGUGAAAUUCCAUCUAGGCAUUCAGGUGAAAACCUGGUUAUAGUUGUUUGAAAAGUGUAAGUUUUCUUGCUGACUAGAACAUAGCUAGGCUACAUCCAGGAAAGACGUGAGCUUUAUUGGGGUUAACCUAGUUUGUUUAUGUCAAAAUAUUUCUCAACCCUAGAUUUCCACCCCUUUAGAUGUCUGUAGUCUGGCUUUUGCUCACUGGGAUAGUUCUGCUUCCUGACAUCCUCCAUGGAGGCAAAUGCCUGUUUGCUGCUGUCUCAAACACAUGUCCUUUAACGUACAAUUUCCCUAAUUAAUAAGGACUGCCGUGAGACUACAAGGCGGUGAAAAAUGUCAAAGCCUGCUACCAAAAGCACCACGUGGUGACAUGUUUGCACACCCUGGAACAUUAGCGUUGUUUCGGUACACAAGCGUUCGUUUCAAGCCUCAUCUCUGUGCAUCCGGCCACAUGAGGGCCAUGGGAUUCAAAGCUGACAUUCUUUGUGAAAGGUUUUAUUCACAUCAGCCGCAACGGCGCGCAGUCAGAAAGGUGGAAGAUUCCGGCCUGGAAUUGCAUGUCUUCUUAGUCAAGCAUAGGAAAUACCUUUAAAUAUGACAAUCUCUGGACCAAAUUUGAGACUUUUUCUCACCAAUUCGUGCUUUUGUAGUCCUCCUCUCCCUCAUUCCAUUGUCCAUUUGGAAAUUAAGAAAUGGGCACUUUCUGUACUGACUGCCAACAAUGACAAGAAGGUUAAUAUCACUAGAUCUCUGUGGACAACCAAGUCUUAGAGUACUCACAAACCGCUCACAUUUUUACUGUAUCAUUGCAUAGCAUGUGGAUUUAUUUUUCGAAUUGUAACUUUGAGCAAACUGAUUACACGAUUUAAGAAAACAAAAGGUCUACAGUUUGCUUACUGUUGUUUGAACCUGUCAUUUUUGAAAGUUUACAUUGUCUGGAGGAUUUCCUCUUUGCUGUUGCGUGCCUGUAAUGCUCUUUGACCAAUAAUAUCCUGUAUAAUCCUUUGUAUAGGUUGUGAACAAUUAAAAAUAUUAAUGCAGAAAAAUACUAAGCAAAACUAUAUAUAUAUACAUAUAUAUAGAGAAGAUACAUAGACAUAGAUAUAUGUAACUAAAUAUCGAGUUUGAAUUGGUAUCUUGAAGAGCAUUAUUUUUAAAAAUGUUCCAUAUGUACUGGAAAAAAAAAGAAAACAUGCUUUAAGUAUUGACAUGCCUGCAAUUUCUUAAGUGUGUGCACUAAUUAUAUUUUGCCAGGUUGUUAAAUAUUUCAAUGCACCAUUAGCAUGACCAACCUGGGAGUGAGCUUUGAAAUAGUCAGUGUUAUGAUAUCUGUGGGUCUUAUCAGUGUGUCCCCUUGAAAAGUCCAGUCUGUCUCUGUUUCUCCCUGGAACUGCUAAAACUGAAAUUGACUGUAAGGUGAGCGGAACAGAAAAUUACUAAUGCGGUUAGCUCAAUCUCAUUUACUUGAUUGAAUGAUGUUUUGUGGCAAAUGUCAGCUUUUCCCUCUUGUUUUUGUUUUAGAGGCUGUUUUGUGAGAUUAUUUAGUUUGAUGUAGGUUUAUCUAGAUCCAGGAUUUUUUUAUUUAUUUUUUAGGUGACACACUAAAAUAAUUUCUUUUUAAAAACUCAAAGUUUUAAACACCACAUGGUGCUUUAUCAAUUGGAGCCUUUGCUGUGUCUACUAUUUACAGUUUUAAAUACUUUAAAUGUUUAUUCUCAGGUCACAAGGUGACAGAUCAUUGGAAGUAUGCAUGAUUUUAUGGAUAUGCAGUGUUGUAAAACUCACUAAAUGAGUUGGAAGUUAGAGUUUAUCUGAGAAUAUUCUGUAAUAGCUGUCUUCAAGUGAUGACAUCUAACUUAUGGGGUAAUUCUUAUUUGUGAAAAGUGUGAUGUCAUAAAGAACAGCCCUUGAAAUCUUACCGUGCGUUCUCAAGUUCUGUUGAUAAGCACAUCUCUGAUAUGACAGAUUUCCCAGUCUUUGGAGGCCUUAUUAGAGUGGUUAAUAAUUAUAAUUUGUAACUAAUCACAAUAAGCGGCCCCUACAUGUCCUUCAUAAAAGUAUUUAAAUAUUAUACAUUUUUGUAAGGAGUAAGCUCUUUCUAAAGUGCAACAUGUCCCUGAAAGUCCCUGUUUGUGCUUAAACUGAAAUUGAUGAAGACCCACUCCUAUGUGGUAUAAACUGCAUAUUUAAAAGCAAGGUGAUGGAUGGCUGAUGGAUGUCUGUACUAUAGGGUUGAAUUCAAAUUGAUCUCUGGCAGACAGUCUGCCUGUGACAUCAACACAACUGAUGUUCACUCUUGAGGACAGAUAUUUUGAAAUUAAAGGUCACAGGUUCCUAAAGGCCACAGGUUUGAUUCCCAGGUUCGACACUGCCAUUGUACCCUUGAGCAAGGUACUUAACCUGUUUUUCUUCAGUGUCUUCAUAUAUCCAGCUGUAUAAAUGGAUGCAAUGUAAAUUCUAUGUAAAAAAAGUUGUGUAAGUCACUCUGGAUAAGAGCAUGUGGUAAAUGCCUGUAAUGUAAUCCAAAGAAGCUAAUGAAGAUUGCUAAUGCAAUGUUAAAAACAUGGUUUGGAAGCAUUCUGGAGAGCUUUGGUAUUCAAACUUUGACAUUUUGAGUUUUCAAAAAAGAAAAAAGAGAUUUGGGGCAGACCAAAGGGGAAAAGGUCAAACUGUUCAGGAUGUGAUUACUUGACCAUUUUAUCUCUGCUUGUAUUUUUCAUGUCUUUAGAAGAAAGCCCCAUUGUGUUAAAAAAAAAAAACAGAUUGGACUUUGUUGUAGUUCUACUGUGCAAGGUGCUCAAGAAAUGGCGACAAGUCAAACUUUUAGAUGUCUGCAGUAUGUAAGCAGAAGUGUGUUAAAGUCAUUGAAGGCAAAGAUGUCUUUUAAACAAAUUAUUAUGAUCAUUAAAAAUAAAAACAGUAAUAUAGUUUCAUUUGUAAGUCUUUUUCAAGAACACCUGGAUUUUUUGCAGUGAAUGACUGUGUAUCCCAGACCCCUGGAAGUCAUAUAAAUACUGAUUGCCAUUAAAUUGUAUUUAUUGUAUGGUA